GCCGGAAGUGGUGCCGGAAGCGGCUGAGUCUCCCGGUGACGCAGUAGCACAGCUCCUUGCCUGGAUUUCAGGGCUGGGAAAGAAAAGUAAAGACUGGACGCUUCCCUGCGCCUGACACCUCGCACAGCGCCCGCCGAGAAGGCGUUCAGAGGCUGCUGCUCUAAGUGGUCCCUUUUUCUUUGGAAACAGCUCUGAAGAGAUUCACUGCGGUGGAGCACAGCUACCCUGAGAUUGUGUGCUACUCGCCACAGCAAUGUUCGCGAGAUUGACCCUUCCACAACUGGUUUUUGCUGUCGUCCUUGGAAUUGCUGGAGGAAUGUACAUUUAUCAGCCAAUAUUUGAACAAUAUUCCAGAGAGCAGAAGGAACUAAAAGAAAAGGUGAAAUUGUUGCAAGAACCAGAAGAAAAGAGGAGCUAAUUCUGCAUGAACUGAAAUUGUAGGCAUUGCUUACAGCUUAUGGACUAUUAAUGUAGUAAAAACUUAGGCAUAUUUUAAAUAA